CCCUGGGCCGGGAAGAGCCGCCGUUCGGAGCAUGGGGAGCUGCUGGCUGCGCCUCGCCGCGCUGCUCGCCCUGGGCGCCCGGCCCAACCUGGAGUACCAGGGAUCGGGAUACUCACCCCUUGAAGAUGACGAGGAUGUGUAUGCACGCAAUAGAUAUAAAGAAACACCGUGGUGCUCGCCCAUUAAAGUGAAACACGGUUAUGCAAACUGCAGGACACCUCAAGGGGAAUAUUACAAGAAUGUAUUGGGCACAAGAUGUGAUAUUCGCUGUCAAAAAGGCUACGAACUGCAUGGCCCUCACCAGCUAAUUUGUCAGUCAAGCAAACGCUGGUCUGGGAAAGUGCUGUGCAAACAAAAGCGCUGCCCCACCCUGGCCAUGCCAACCAAUGGGGGUUUCAAGUGUUUGGAUGGUGCCUACUUUGGCUCGAGGUGUGAGUAUUACUGCUCUCCAGGGUACCAGCUGAAAGGAGACCGGAUAGUGACGUGCAUGGACAACAAAGCGUGGAGUGGCCGACCAGCAUCCUGCGUUGAUACCGAACCUCCGAGAAUCCAGUGCCCAAGCGUGAAGGAGAAAACAGCGGAGCCCAACAAGUUGACAGCCAGAGUGUUCUGGGACACCCCAGAGGGACGGGACACUGCUGAUGGGAUUCUGACAGAUGUUAUUUUGAAAGGCCUGCCACCAGGGUCACAUUUUCCAGAAGGUGACCACAAAAUCCAGUAUACUGUGUAUGACAGAGCUGAAAACAAAGGCACUUGCAAAUUUCUUGUUAAAGUCAGAGUCAGGCGCUGUGUGAAAUUAAAUGCCCCAGAUAAUGGCUACAUCAAGUGUUCAGGGGAUGGAAAUAACUAUGGUGCUACAUGCGAGUUCUCCUGCAUUGGUGGCUACGAGCUGCAAGGAAGCCCAGCUCGAGUGUGCCAGUACAAUUUGGGGUGGUCAGGAGUGGAGCCAACCUGUGCACCCAUGAAUAUUAAUGUGAAUGUGAGGACUGCAGCUGCGCUUUUGGAUCAAUUUUAUGAGAAACGGAGACUGCUAAUUAUUUCAACUCCUACUGCAGCCAACUUCUUCUACAGGAUGCAGCUGGGAAUGCUGCAGCCAGCACAGUGUGGGUUAGACCUCCGACACGUUACUGUGGUUGAACUGGUUGGUGUGUUCCCAGCUCAGAUAGGAAGAAUAGGUGUAAAGCUGCUGCCUCCAUCUCUUGCCCUGCAACUCAGGUUGCUGCUGAGGAUCCCCCAUUACAAUUUCAACAUCGUGGUGAUGGACAAGCAUGGAAUGGACAAGGAACGUUAUCCUUUCCCAGCAACACCAGCUGAGCUCUUUGCCCUUAUUGACAAAUUUCCCUUGAGAAAAGAUGAGAUGAAACUGCAAGCAGAAAUUGGUCAAUCAUGUCCCUAAUUCAGGAUUUCAGGGCUUGCAGUUGUCAGUGAAUUUUUUUUUAAUUCACAUAAUUCUCUCCUUGGUGCUACACAAAGCAUGGCUUUUUUAAUCACUGAUGUGAUUUUUUGUGUGUAUCAGUAAGUCUGUCCAGCCGUGUAGCUGCUCUGCAUAGAAGUAUGCACGAUGCUUUUUUGUACUUUCAGUCAUCUUUAAAUCAUAGAAUCACAGAAUGGCCUGGGUUGGAAGGGACCUUAAAUAUCAUCUAGUUCCAACCCCCCUGCCAUGGGCAGGGACACCUUCCACUAGAUCAAGUUGCUCAGAACUCCAUCCAACCCAGCCUUGAACACCUUCAGGGGUGAGGCAUCCACAACUUCUCUGGACAGCAUAUUCCAGUGCCUGACCACUCUCACAGCAAAGAAUUUUUCCCUAAUGUCUAAUUUGAACCCGUUCUCUUUCCAUCUGAAGGUAUUCCCCCUUGUCCUGUCACUACAUACUCUUGUAAAAAGUCCUUUCCUCAGGUACUGGAAGGUCACAAUUAGGUCACCCUGAAGCCUUCUGUUUUCCAGGCUGAACAAUCCUAAUCCUCUCAGCCUUUCCUCAUAGGAGAGCUGCUCCGUCCCUCUAGUCAUCUUGAUAGUCCCCUCUGGACUUGCUCCAACAGGUUGAUGUCCUUCUUGUGCUGGGGACCCCAGAGCUGGAUGAAUAAGUUUGCUAUCUAGUGGAAUUUCUUGUACAGAGCACGAAGAACUGAGGCACAGUUCUGGGAGUUUAUUUGGGAUUUUUCAUUCAGUGUAAAAUUGGGGUUUCUUUCUUACUGUUUAUAAUUCUUUUUAUUAAUAAAAUAUUGUUUUGCAAACUGAUAGUUGUCUAAAAUUCCUCUUGGAGAUUAAAGUUGGUUGAUUGAUUCAGAAGUUGGAUCAAAAGACCUCUCUACAGACCAUUAAAACAGACAUUAACCUCACACUGAAAGUGUAUAAGCAACCCAGUGGUGUCUUUCAGCUCCACUAAAAACAUGGCCAAUCACAGACACAAAGCAUGAGCCAAAGGCAACACGAGCAUCUGUUUUCAGCAGCAGCAAGGAGAAAAUAGAUAAUAGCAGCAAUGUGGAAAUCAUUGCCACAGGGAAUAUGAUAAAGGAACAACGAGCAGUGUAGAGGAUGGGCAUUAAUUACUGAAGGCCACGUACUGCAAUGCUUGAUAGAAACAUAUGGUCCUACCUGGUAUGUUUCUGCUUCUGGCUUUUAGUGUCCAACCAUCUUGGAGUAGCAGAUUUCUUUCCUCUCUUCACCUUGGAGACAGACCAGACUGUUUAUCUGAUGGCAAGGAAACAUUACCCCCAGGGAAACUUCAUCAAGGAUUUGUCACUUCCAGAGCUGUGAAAAUACUUGUUUGCAAAUAGUCACUUAUAAAGGAACAAAAAAUAGUUCCAUGUUGAAUAAGAAGUAUUAGGAGGCAAUCAAAAAAGGAAAAAAUUUUCUGUUGUUUUAUUAUAGCCCACAGUCUUGCCUAUCCACUGCAAAGAAUAUACAUCAUGCAUGAAAAUACAAACAAAGGAGUGAAGAUUGGGAAUUCCAGCUUUGGAUGCCUGUUUACAGGAUAUGGUGCAUAAUUUGAUAUUUCUGAAAAGCAAGACUCCAGUGUCUGUGUUGUUCAUUCUUGUCCAUCAAGGGCACAGUCCUGUUUUUUUCAGCCAAAUGCUUGUUUGACUUUGACCAUAAGGUAGAUUUUUUAAAAUUUACACUCUGGUGUCAACAGAAGAAUAGUUUUACCAUCAUCUUUAAAGCAAUCCUUACCAGAAUUCAGUCUCUCUGAAAUUACAAAAAAACCCCCAAAAAAACAACCAAACAAA